UGCCACCUCUUGUUUAAAGCUUUCAAACCGCCCCCCUCCCUCCUCGCGGAAGAUACGGGAGAGAAGGAUAAAGCGGCCGCCGCGGGGCUCCGAGUGCGCGCAGCCCGCAUGCCGCGGCUGCCCGAGCCGCCUGCACGCCGCAGCCGCCCUCCGCAGCGAGCCGCUUGCAGCGGCAGGGGAUGCAACUUCUUGUAACUGGACCACAGGCUUAAGUGAUAAUUGGGUAUCUUCUUAGCAGCACAGAAAUGAAUAACUCAACGUACAUAAACUCUUCCACUGAAAAUGUGAUGGCUCUGGAGAGUCCCUAUAAAACUGUUGAGGUGGUCUUCAUCGUCCUGGUAGCAGGGUCUCUCAGUCUAGUCACCAUAAUCGGGAACAUCCUGGUCAUGGUGUCAAUCAAAGUCAACAGGCAUCUGCAGACUGUCAACAACUAUUUCUUGUUCAGCUUGGCAUGCGCUGACUUGAUCAUCGGCGUCUUCUCCAUGAACCUAUAUACCCUUUACACUGUGAUAGGCUACUGGCCCUUAGGGCCUGUGGUGUGCGACCUCUGGCUGGCUCUUGACUACGUGGUCAGCAAUGCCUCCGUAAUGAACCUCCUCAUUAUCAGCUUUGACAGAUAUUUCUGUGUUACCAAGCCUCUGACCUACCCUGUAAAGCGGACCACUAAGAUGGCAGGCAUGAUGAUUGCAGCUGCUUGGGUGCUGUCAUUCAUCCUGUGGGCCCCUGCAAUUCUCUUCUGGCAGUUCAUUGUUGGGGGAAGGACUGUCCCAGAUGGAGAUUGCUACAUACAGUUUUUUUCCAAUGCUGCUGUCACUUUUGGCACUGCCAUUGCAGCCUUCUAUUUACCUGUUAUCAUCAUGACUGUCCUUUACUGGCAAAUCUCUCGAGCCAGCAAGAGCCGGAUAAAGAAAGGGAAAAAGGAAGCUGCCCAAAACCAGGAUACAGUUUCCCCCAGCCUUGUCCAAGGUAAAAUAGUGAAACCAAACAAUAAUAACAUCUCAGGCAGUGGGGAUGGGCUGGAGCACAGCAAAAUCCAGAAUGGAAAAACCACUGGAGAGUCUGUGACAGACAACUGUGUUCAAGGGGAGGAGAAAGAGAGCUCCAAUGACUCCACCUCUGUCAGUGUUGUCGCCUCCAACAUGAAAGAGGAUGAAGCUGCCAAAGAGGCCAGCCAGGCUUCUGCCUCCCAGGACCAUCUCAGAGUGGAAAACUCCAAGCUGACAUGCAUCAGAAUAGUCACCAAGUCACAAAAGGGUGACUGCUGUGCAUCCACCAACACAACUGUGGAGAUUGUAGGCACUAACGGGGAGGAGAAGCAAAACAGUGUAGCCCGGAAGAUUGUCAGGAUGACAAAGCAGCCAGCCAAAAAGAAAUUGCCUCCUUCUAGAGAAAAAAAAGUGACAAGGACUAUUUUGGCCAUUCUCCUGGCCUUCAUCAUCACCUGGACCCCAUACAAUGUGAUGGUGCUCAUCAACAGCUUCUGCACAUCCUGCAUUCCUGGUACCGUAUGGACUAUAGGUUACUGGCUCUGUUACAUCAACAGUACCAUCAACCCUGCUUGUUAUGCUCUCUGCAAUGCUACUUUCAAGAAGACCUUUAAGCAUCUUCUUAUGUGUCAUUACAAGAAUAUAGGAGCUACAAGGUAAAAGUAAUAAUAAUAAUAAUAAUUAAUAACAGAAAGGGUGAAGAAGUUCCAAGCUGAAUAAAAAAAAAAAAAAAAAAAAAAAAAACAAUGCUGUAGCACUUUAUGCUCCACUAAGGAAUGUGCAAUCCAGGAUGAUGGUGGAAAUACUGACAUGGGGCUUCAGCUCCAUCCCUGAGAACUACUCUUUAAAUCAUUUUUAAAUUAUUGUCAAUAAAUCUGGAAGACGUGGGGAUGAUAUGAGGAGUUAUUCAAGAAUGUGGACUGGAGGCACACUUCCUUGCUUUCUGAGAAUAUUCUGCAGAAGGGCUUUAGAGUCUAUAACUAUUUUUUCCUACGUCUACUUAAUAUGUUUCCAUCUGGGGGGAUGGGGAGGGACGUGCAAAGGAAUUUUAACAAUAACAGUGUGGAAGGGUCAUCGGGGUUUAGAAGGACUUUGGACAGUCCAAAUGAAUUAUGUAGAAGGUUUCCAAAGCUCAAAGCUGACUAAAUUAAUUUGUCACUCUCAUGUAAGAACCUUAAUGUUGGGCAAAUGAUGGUGAUAAUUAUUUUAUGACAUUUAUGACACUCUCAUUUCCAAAACUGCAUCAAUUCUGAAAGUGUAUUUCCUACCCAACAUGUAACCAUUGCCAGUCUGUUUAUUAUUCAAAAUCUGCCAGUUCUCCCUAUCUAGGGAACUCUGUCUCAUGAUCUCUUAACCAAGUCAGGAUAAAAGGAAAAAAGCCGUCGUUUCCAGAUUGAUACACUCUAAGACUGUUUCAGCAUCCGUGUAGGUCAAAGCCUUUGAGACAGAUACAAAACCAGAUACUGAAAUAGCCUGGAUGGGAGCUGGUGGGAGUUAAGUUCCAGAUAUUAUUCACUACUCUGCACCAGCUCAAAUUCAGAUUCUUUCUGCCUAGUGAAGAAUUUACUAUUUUAGUAUUCAAUAUUCACUGUAGCACAACUGAGCACUGUGUGGAUUGGACAAAGCGUACCAAAUUACUGAAAACAGCUGUCAGCUGUGCAUCCUGCAUAUUCCAGUUACCUCCUACUUAGUAACUCUAACUUCCAGGCGCUAAUGAAGGUACAUCCAUGGAUUUUGUUAUCCGAAAAGUAGCUUGCUGCAUCAAGUCUCCAAAGAGACUGUCUUCUGGAGUGAAAGCCAAAUGGAACACCAAAUCAUCCUGUUAUUUCACACCACCAUAUUAGAGUCUUCCAAAAUGCACUUCAAAAUAGCAGCCUUUGGAUUAUGGAGAAAUUAGCCUUUCAUAUGCAAGUUUUACCUUUCUAGGAGCUUAUUGGAACUGAGUGUCAAAGCACUUUGGUGAUACGACAAUUUUCAUGUUUCAAGGUACAGAGUCCUGGCAGAAAGGGAAAAUGAGGAGGAUUAACCUACAAUAAAUUAAGGCCACAUUAAACCUGGGAUUAAUAUGUCUUAAUAUGCAUGGCCUGAUUUAACACCUGUAGUGAUUUCAUUCUAAUAUAUCUAAAUGUCUCCAUGCAGCCAAGGAUCUAAUUUUGCAAUCCUCACUCCCCUUGAAGCGUAUUUACUAUCACAAGUUUCAUCUUCCUGCUUGUAAGGAAGAAUUACUCAAUGAUAAGGUUUGUAAAACUAAGUGCGGCAUUUCUUUAAAAACUACAUUCCCUAGGCAUAUCUUGACAGCUCAAAGGAAAGACUUGUAUGAUCAUUUCUAUGUCAUUUAGUCUCUUAAAGUGCUGAAAAUGCAGCUAAAAAUCAAAGAUAAAAUGAAAUAUGUUCGUUUUCUAAAUCUUAUUUCUUUAGAAAAGUUUUCUGAGAGAAACCCAGAUGCUCCUUUCUUUCAGCAGUAGUACAGCUUCCCAAAGUGGGAAAGAAUGGUUUGUAUGUUCUUAUAAGUCACCUUUUAACUUCAGUUUUCCAGCAGGUGUACAAAUGCUUUACUCUGACCUUCAAAGCUAGCACUUUUUCGUAAAUUGUGAAUUCCUCUAACAGCUAAGGACAUGUACACAGGUUAAGAAGUCCAAGCUAUAGGAUGCAAUUACACCUGCUCUCUGCUCUGCUUCCUGCAGCCCCCUGUCAUCCACUCACCCCUUGGAGCCUCUCCUCAGCCAUUUCACACCCUGGCUGGUGAAAGGAUCCCAGCUGCAUUUCCACCUUACAGCUUCCAGGCUGGCAGUUUUCAUGUCCCACAACACCUGAGCAAAGCUGUACAGGUAAUUCAUGGACUGGGAAAAAAAAAAGCAGUGAGCACAUCUUGCCUUCCCCCUUUCUUUCUCCUUAUUAAUCAUUUCCAGAAAGGGGCUAAAACUGAAGCAGCCUUACCCUUUGCGGUAGCCUGGGUACAGUAGGAUCUGCCAUGCUGACAGCCCCAUGGCAGAUGACUUGUACUGUCACAGGUCAUCCCUACCUUUGUUUUCUAAAGAGAAGGCAACGAUCUGCAGAUGUGUCAAUCUGACUGGCAUCUUCUGUGAGCACUGAAGUCAUUUGUAGUUAAAAAAAAAAAAAAAGAACAAGAAAAAGAGAUAAUACAAUUGUCAGCUGAAGUAAUAUUGAGAAAUCUAUCUUCCAGUGAGUACAAAACCUAAAGAAAAUAUCUGUCAGCUUUCUAUCUGGGAUUUUCUCUUGAUUUAUUAGAAAUCAUGAGGAUUCAUUUGAAGAUGUCACAGGAUUCAAACAUUGCUUGAUGAAAAAUAGUCCAAAGCCAAUAAAGUCCAGAUUUCUUUUCCUUUCCUUUCCUUUCCUUUUCUCUCCUCUCCUCUCCUCUUCUUUUCUUUUUUCUUUCCUUUCCUUUCCUUUCCUUUCCUUUCCUUUCCUUUCCUUUCCUUUC